AUGUUAUGCGAACUUGCUUGUCAACUUAACCGUCGGUUAGUUCGAAAUUCUACAGAUUACAUUAGUAGCAUGUCUGCCGCACCUUUACUUCAGAGAGCUCCAGGUAAGAGAAUCGCCCUCCCUACUAGAGUGGAGCCUAAAGUGUUCUUCGCCAAUGAAAGAACGUUCCUUUCUUGGUUGAACUUUACCGUUAUAUUGGGCUCAUUGGCCGUUGGUUUGUUAAAUUUUGGUGAUAAGAUUGGAAGAAUAUCUGCUGCAUUAUUCAAUUUAAUCGCUAUGGGUACCAUGAUAUAUGCCUUGAUAACUUACCACUGGAGAGCAAAUGCCAUAAGAAGAAGAGGAUCUGGUCCUUACGAUGAUAGGUUCGGUCCAACCAUGUUAUGUUUCUUCUUGUUAAUAGCUGUCAUCGUCAACUUUACCCUUAGGAUUCGUGCUUAA